CUGGGGAGACAGUCUUUGCAAUCUGUAUGCAAAACCCUCCAUUCAAAGCCUUUGAGUAAUUCAGGAGGUGGGGGCAAUCCGCAUUAGGCAAACUGCAGGGGAGCCUGGCUGCAAAUGCAUGAAUGUUAUUUGGAUUUUUCUUUUCAAAGAGCAGAAGAACAAAAGUUGACUAUAUAUGGCAGAGGCCAUAUAUUUUGGGAACUCUUUGUUGGAGUUUCAUAAUCAAGACACAAUCUGAGCUUCUCAAACCACUGCGCAAAGAGAGAUAGAGGGUGGAUUUGGGCAAAGUGCCUGCCUGCCUCAAUGAAUGCUUACUUCUCCUGGACUAGGCUGGAUCUAUUUUCACAGAAGAAUGAAGUGGAAGAGUUCUGAGGUAACAAAGGAGCUUAUCACAUGAGGCAGGGUUGCUCAGCUGGAGAAAUGAAUGUGGGCACAGCUCACAGCGAAGUGAACCCUAACACUCGGGUCAUGAACAGCCGGGGCAUUUGGCUCUCUUAUGUCUUGGGAAUUGGCCUCCUACACGUCAUCCUCCUCAGCAUCCCUUUUUUCAGUGUCCCUGUGGUUUGGACUCUAACCAACAUCAUCCACAAUAUGAGCAUGUACAUUUUCUUGCACACUGUCAAAGGGACGCCGUUUGAGACUCCAGAUCAGGGGAAAGCCCGGCUGCUCACCCACUGGGAGCAGAUGGAUUAUGGUGUCCAAUUUACAGCUUCCCGCAAAUUCCUGACGAUCACGCCGAUAAUACUUUAUUUCCUUACCAGUUUCUACACAAAAUAUGACCGGAUACACUUCAUCAUCAACACCAUCUCCUUGAUGAGCGUCUUGAUCCCCAAGCUACCGCAACUGCACGGUGUCCGCAUCUUUGGGAUCAACAAGUACUGAGCUUGGGUGUAUUUUUUUUAAAUCUCUUCUGGUGAGCUGUGAGAGUCCAGUGUGAGGACCCCCACUUCCUUAAUUCUGGCUGCAUCUUCAGGAUACAGCUCCAUGGCAGCUCUUUUCAGACAGGCAUAUAUGACACAGGAUUCCAAGAUGCAAGAAAACUUAACCAGCUCAAGCAAUGCCUGAAUCCUAGAUAGAGUCUAAACUUGCAGAGAGACAUGGGGAAGCUAAAACUGAUUAGCGUUAUUAGUAUUAUUUUUCUUCCUCCUGAGAAUCUGAAAAUAGAUGCAGGCAGUCCUGCGUUUGAAAGGUACUUAUAGCUUGCUCUCUGGGGAUGAAAGACAUCAAGCCCAGAAGGCAGAACAGACGUAGAAAGGUAGGAGCCUGUUACAAGGUGACAUUUAGGAUGAUAGCAAAUGCACUUUAAGAUGAGACAGCCCCACCUGGGGAAUUUUGACUUGUUUGUUGGAAGGACUGCAUCAGAAAUUUUGCAACUCGCACUGGGGAAAAGGGAGACAGAGAUCUCCAAAGCUGACAAACCCUAGUUGAUCAUUCAUUUAUUCCCUUUAGUUACUUGAUAGGCUGGUGGAAGAGAAUCCUGUUCCUUUCGGUUUUCACUUACAAAGCCAUGCUCCUCUGAAUUGUCUUUUGAAAGCUUUUGCUAUAGUGGAAGGGCUUUUGGUGAUAAAACAAAACUGGGCAAGAGGGGGGGAAAGCAGGAAAUUCUUGACAUUUUGAUGCACUUGAGUAAGCAUAGUUUGACAGUCUCUGCUGCAGUAUCUUAACUGACUCCAGAGCCAACAGCUGACUGACCAGUCUCUUGAAGUACAGAUGAUUUACUAUGAUCUUGCCCAGAGUGACCC